GCCUGGUCGGCCUGGCUGGAGACUUAGGACUCAGGCCCGGGCCUCGGGAAAACGUCAGACCUGGGGAAACAGGCCCGCGAGGUAGGGAGGAAGGACGGAGCCACGGCCCCGGGACCCCUGUGCUUUGCCUGGAGCUGACACCGACAGUGCAUUGCAGUGGGAUGACAAGAUCACACUUUUGAUAAACUGGAGAGAAGCCCAAGUUGACUAACUGAAGCCUUGAACAAGGACAAGAUUGCUGAAGAAAACUGUUCAGCACAAGGCCAUCACUAGAUGCAGCUGUCUGAUUCUGGACUUUUGGUCCUCCAGAACUUUGAGGAAUUCUGUGAAUUUACCCUAAAGGAAAAACAUGAAAUGUGGACAGAUACUCAGCAUACAGCAAAAAUUGUAUGCUGAGUAUAUUCUGAAUCCCAGGACAGCAGGAAUGAGCCAGGGGAUUACAGGCAUGCUCUGGAAGCUGCUGCUGAGGUCCCAGCCCUGCAGGUUGAGUUCCUUCAGAAAGGCGCAAUCAACUCCAGGGAACAGACCUUUUCUUGCACGCUUCACCUACACAACUGACAGACAGUCAAACACAGAAAAUAAAAGAACAGUGGAAAAACUCUGUAAAUUUUCAGUUGACAUUAGGAAAAUCCGUAGAUUAAAAGAAUGGGUACUUCUGGAGGAUAAAACCUAUGUUGAAGAAAUUGCCAAUAUUUUACAAGAACUAGGUGCCAAUGAGACUGUGAUAGCCAGUAUUUUGGAACGCUGCCCAGAAGCAAUUAUCUGUAGUCCAACUGCUGUUACCACCCAGAAAAACCUCUGGCAGUUGGUCUGCAAAAAUGAGGAAGAAUUAAUCAAAUUAAUAGAGCAAUUUCCAGAAUCUUUCUUUACUGUUAAAGACCAGGAGAUGCAGAAGUUCAAUGUUCACUUCUUUCAAGAACUGGGACUCAAGAAUGUAGUCAUUAGCAGGUUUCUGACAACUGCAUCUCCUGUCUUUCACAAUCCUGUUGAGAAGAAUAAGCAGAUGAUACAGAUUCUCCAAGAGAGUUAUCUAAAUGUGGGUGGCUCUGAGGCCAACAUGAAAGUUUGGCUACUAAAAUUAUUAAGCCAAAACCCAUUUAUUUUGUUAAAUUCUCCUGAAGCUGUAAAGGAAACAUUGGAAUUUCUCCAGGAGCUGGGUUUUACAAAUUCAGAAAUUCUCCAACUUCUGUCCAAACUCAAAGGCUUUCUUUUUCAGCUUUGCCCAAGAAGUAUACAGGACAGUAUUUCUUUCUCUAAAAACACGUUUAAGUGCACACAGCAUGGCCUGAAGCAGCUGGUUUUGAAAUGUCCUGCUCUUUUAUAUUAUUCUGCUCCAGUUUUAGAAGAGAGAAUUCAGGGAUUACUAAAAGAAGGAAUUUCCUUAGCUCAGAUAAGAGAGACACCUAUGGUUCUUGAAUUAACGCCUCAGAUAGUGCAGUACAGGAUAAAAAAACUGAAUGCCUUAGGCUACAGAAUAAAGGAUGGGCAUUUAGCGAAUCUAAAUGGAACAAAAAAAGAGUUUGAGUCUAACUUUGGUAAAAUUCAAGCCAAGAAAGGCCGACCAUUGUUUAAUCCUGUGGCACCAUUAAAUGUUGAAGAGUGAUUUACUGAUGUUGCUUCUUUCUGGCAAUACAGAGUGAAAGCAGCUCUGGCCGUUGCGGCCAUUUGGGCAGGGAACCAAUGGAAGGAAGACCUUUCUCUCUGUCUCUCUCUCUCUCUCUCACUGUCUGUAGCUCUACCUGUCAAAUAAAUAAAUAAAAAUAUUUUUAAAAAGU